GCGUAUGUUGUUUCAUUAUAAGCAAAUGAACAACGUCCGGCAUCCAACAUGCGUACUUUCUGCUGAGGAGACGUGAGCUAAAAAUUUUUAAUAAAAUCUAAUUCCGAUAACAUUCGAUAAGAAAAUAAUCAUCGACUAAACUUGCGCGUUUCCACAUUCCACUGUUCAAGUUAUGGUGAUGAGCUUGCUAUACGCUAGUCAGUGUCUUGUUAUGGUUUUACUGUUUGUAUUACUGCCUGGCGCCAGGCAAAGAAGCUUAAAUGACGAUCAAAUACGACGUAGCAAUACAGACGAUCAUUUAGACAGUAGAUCGAUUUCAAAAGAGAAAAAAGUUGAAAAGUUCCUAGACGGACAGUGUCCACCAUCAAAAUGGAAUCAAACAAGAAACACACAAAAUUGUACAAAUGAAUGCAAAAACGAUGGUGAUUGCCAUGACGACUACAAAUGCUGCACAAAUGGUUGUUCACGUAUGUGUAAAGAACCAUGGUUUCCUAGAAGAGUAGUGGACUGGACCAACUUGCCUUCAUUACAUAAGGUCUUAGAUGGUUUGGACAAGUCAAAAGAGAGAAAUCGAGAAUCAACUGGAGAGCCAUGCAGUACCACUGUUGUGGACGGACUACAACCGUUACGUUGUCCAACCAACUAUGUCUGUAUUAUUAAAAUUCAUGGUGACAUUCAGUCAAAUAUUCCUAACAGAGGAGAGUGUGUCACAGAAAAUAACUUGGAGCCAUCAACUGAAGGAAAGAAAGAAAUUAAGAAAACGUACAUUUUGUCGAAUGAAGCGAAUUGCUCACGAAAAGGAAAACUAUAUGUUCACGAAGAGAAAUUCCAAAGCGAUUGCAAUACUUGUGUAUGUCACAAUGGAGUCGUAUUUUGCGAUGAUCAACCGUGUCCGGUGAAAGUUGGCAUUCCUGCAACCGCUGACACAAACAGAAAAAUGUCAAUUUCUCAGUUCAUUAACAUCGACUCUGACAUUGGAUCAGGAUCAACAAGGUCCGGAGAGGGACAAGAAAGAGCAUUAAUGGAUGAAGUCUCUGACAUUGAAGCAGGAUCAACUUGGUCCGGAGAGGGACAAGAGAAAGCAUUAAAGGAUGAAGUCUCUGACAUUGAAGCAGGAUCAACUUGGUCCGGAGAGGGACAAGAGAGAUCAUUAAAGGAUGAAUUUUCAGGUAAAAGUCAAACUAUUGAACUGGAUGUUGAGAGAAAACCAACAUCAACGGAAAGCAAAAAUCAUGUGAAGGAAAAAAUAAAUACCGACAAGUCUGUCAUGUUAACCAUGGAUGAUAAUGGAUCAGGUCAAGAUGACGAGGACUCAUCGGGAUCAAGUGGGGAGCAUAUGAAUACAACACCGGAAGAAAAUGAAGAACGAAAUGUAGAAGACACAAUUCACCUUGCGAGACCAAUCCAUUUUACAGAUCAGGAAUCAAGUGGCGAAUCCGAAGAAACUACUCCUUUACAAUUACCAACUUCUAGAGUUUACUUGACUUUAAAGACGAAUUACGAGAUUUUGGAAAAGAUUAAUCCAACACUGGCGAGAAAGCAUUCACCUUCAUCAACUGAACACUCUACCUCAAGAGCAACGACCCACACAAACCUAACGACAUUUCUGGCUUCAAAAAAGAAACCAACGACAAUAAAAACGACAUAUUUAACAACGUCAGUCACAGACCGUUCCCUUUCAGCAGGAACAAGAACUUUGUCUUCGAGGAUUGUAAAUUCAAGGCCAAGCAGACCAUACCAGCUUACGAAGAUUCUUACGACUGAUGAUGAUUCAAUCCAUUUAGAAGCAGGUCAAACGAGUGAAAGCGGUGAAGAACUUGGUUCAAAUGAUGAAGGCAGUUCGUCAGGCUCAAACGUCGUACAGAAAACGACGCAAAAGUGGAAAGAAAUUGGUAGUACAGUGGAUACCUUUCAUCUGGGAGGUAAUUCCUUGAAAGCGAGAGAAGGAUGGAGCACUCGGAACAUAUAUGUUGUACAUGAUGGAAAAUUAAAACAAGUCGAAGACGAUUUUGGAUUGUCAAAGAAAGAAGUUAGUUCUAGGGAAUAUCACGACACAACAGACGACGAAUAUUGAAAAACAUAUCACAUCCUAUUGAAUCUACUUAUCGUUUGUAAAAUACAUAGCAAAAAUACAUAGUUAUUUUAUGAAAUGCACAAGGAAAUAAAUACUAUUUUCAUUAA